UAGAAAUCAAGAGAGAGGGAGAGACAAGUUUCAAGGGAGGCAGGAGCGAGCUGGAAAGCCCUGUCUCCUCCCACCCACCUACCCUGUCUUCCUCCCACCCACCUACCCCUCCUCCUUUACCCCUCUCCUUUCCCCACCCCUUUCCCCCCCCUCCAAAAAAGAAAAAAAAAAAAAGGGAAAAAAAAAAGAAAAAAGAAAAAAAACCUUUCCCAUCAGAGAAAGAGGGAGAUCUCUUUGGAAACAUGGAGCUGCUGUGCUGCGAGGUGGAUCCCAUGAGGAGAGCUCUGCCCGACCCGAACUUGCUCUACGAUGACCGCGUUUUGCACAACUUACUAACCAUAGAGGAGAGAUAUCUGCCCCAGUGCUCCUACUUCAAGUGCGUCCAGAAGGACAUCCAGCCCUUCAUGAGGAGGAUGGUGGCCACUUGGAUGCUGGAGGUCUGCGAAGAGCAGAAGUGCGAAGAAGAAGUUUUCCCUCUGGCCAUGAAUUACUUGGACAGAUUCUUAGCUGUGGUGCCCACUCGGAAGUGCCAUCUGCAGCUGCUGGGGGCAGUGUGCAUGUUCCUGGCCUCCAAGCUGAAAGAGACAAUCCCCCUCACAGCCGAGAAGCUGUGCAUAUACACGGACAAUUCCAUCAAACCCCAAGAGCUGCUGGAAUGGGAGCUGGUGGUGCUGGGGAAGUUGAAGUGGAACCUUGCAGCCGUCACCCCCCACGAUUUCAUCGAGCACAUCCUAAGGAAGGUGCCCCUCCCUAAAGACAAGUUGCUUUUGAUCCGGAAGCAUGCACAGACCUUCAUUGCCCUUUGUGCAACAGAUUUUAACUUUGCCAUGUACCCACCAUCAAUGAUAGCAACUGGAAGUGUGGGAGCAGCCAUCUGUGGCCUUCAGCUCGAUGAUGGGGACAGCCUCACGGACCUCCUGGCCAAGAUCACCAACACAGAUGUGGACUGCCUUAAAGCUUGUCAGGAACAGAUCGAGGCGGUGCUCGUGAACAGCCUUCAGCAAGUCCAGCAGCAGCAGCAGCAAAGCAAUCCUUCCAAGACGGUGGAUGAACUGGACCAGGCCAGCACUCCCACAGAUGUGAGGGACAUCAACCUGUGAGGACAUCACCACACAAAGUCACGCUUGCUCCUCCCAGCCCAGUUUAUUUUUGUUAUUAUUUUUAGAGUGAAAAAAUUUUUUUUUUUUUUUUUUAAUCUGCUCCCACAUAGAACAUAUUUAAACCUCUUUUAGGUUAAAAAAAAAAAAGGAAAAAAAAGAAAACACAAAGAAACAACAACAACAACAAAAAAAGACAAAACAAAAACUGAAUAAUGAAAAAAAAAGCAUUUGGUGCCUGUGAUGUUCUACAGAAGGGAAUCCCACAAUAUAUUUGGUAAUUGCUAUUUGAUUAUGUAUCAAUGAUAUUAAAUGCUUAUAAAAGCAUACAAAGUAGCUAGAUCCAUGUAAGCCUGCGUUUGUGGGAACAAAGUAGAGUAUACUUGUCUGUGUAUUAUGACCUAGUGCAUACACCCCUUUUUUAGAUUUAAGAAAGGAAUCGUGUGUGCGGUUUUAUGGCUUGACUAGAUUGCAAAGCAAUAGAAUAAGGGGUUUAGGGCAAAGUGGGAAAAGAUCCCUGAAGCAAUUGAACCAUUUUGAAUGCAGAAGAGAUUUGCUGAUCUGUCACCUCUGUUAUUAGUCAGAAGUGUUUGUUGGAUCUCUGUAUGUUAGUUUUGUUUACUCUUGCUGUCUGUGGUAGCUGCUACCUAAGAAAGAAGAUGCUUUAUUUUACCAGCCAGAAGAGCAGGUGUUUUUUUGGGUUUUAUUUUUAGUUGAUUUAUUUUUCUUUAAAAAAAAAUUUUUUUUUUCAACUUCCCCUCUCCCCUCUUGACUUUUUUCUACUUUUCCUUCUGAAAUGGUUCAUUCUAAACACAGCAGCAUCUUUGGCAUAAGGGCAAUUCCAUUUACCCAGCUGUGGGCCAAGCCAAAGUUACCCAGUGUCCACGUUCAGUGGGGGAAAAUGCAUGCAUUAAUCCCGACUGGUUGGCUCUGAUCAGACCGCCUCCAACCUCUGGAUUGCAAGCUGUGGUGGAUCAUCCAUGAAAAGCAUUAUAUUCCUUCCCAGUGCUAAUGCUCCACGUCAUUGUUAACUUCUGGCAGCUUCUUAGCUUGGCCGUAAAGACACUUAAAUGAUGCUCUGUCCAUCUUCCUUUUCUGACAUAACCCUCACUGUGUUAAAGAAGAUGAGAUUUGGUUUUGAUCCCUCGUCUGCCUUCCCAUCUUCCCCACUGCCCCCACACGCCUUUUCAGCAUUUCAUUAACUUUGUUGAUCCACAGUGAGCGUUUUUUGUAAACCAUUUCAUUCGAAAAGCACUUUGAAAAUUGUUCCUAAGGGAUUAAAUGAGAUGGUUUAUGACAAUUUUGCCGAGGAGGAAAAAAAAAACAACGAAGUGAAACAAAACAAACAAACAAACAAAAAAAAAACAGAAAAAAAAAAGAAAAAAAUGGAAAAAAAAGAGAAAGAAGUCACAAAAACAAGGCCUAUAGCUUUUUAUAGUCAAUAUUUUCCAGUAUUUGGUGUACUUGGUUAGUUGAGGUGUUGCUGGAAAUACCAAUACCUGCUUCAGAUGACAUUCCUGUCAUGACAUUCCGGAUAAAAGCCUGACCAUCUGUAUUGUUCAGUGUCACAGAAGGAUCUUAACAGCCACCUUCAUGCUCAUCUGUGGACAAGGCAAGAACAUUCCUGGUGCAACAGACAUGAUGGGAAACAUCGAGGAGUUUUAUUACAAAGGUGUAUUCAGUGUACUUGAAUUUAUUUUCCUGCUCCACCUGUAAAGAAGAGGCAUUUUAGAUGGCAAAAGGAGUUGGAGCAACCUUUUUUUUUGUUUUGGUUUUUUUUUUUUUUUUGCACAAUUGUAUUAACAGUUUGCAGAUAUCCAAUAUGAAGCUGUUGGUUUGAAAUGUUAAUGUUUGCAUUUUUAAGAGAAAAAUCCAGAAAGAACAUGCUACUUCGAAGAAUAUUAUAUGUAUGGACUCAGCCGUAUUUGGCUAGAUGAGGGUAGAAAAAUGGAGUAAGAUUCUAAGGUUUUGUUGUUUUGGUUAUUUUUUUUUUUUUUUUGGUUUUGGGGGGUUUUUUGGUUUUGGUUUUUUUUUUUUUUCGCUGCUAAGAAGCUAUGAUUUGUUUCAUUCUUAUUCACAUUAACAGUACUUAGCUGUAUUGUUUCACUGAGUGUGCUGCUAUUUUAUAAACAUUUUUAUAAUAUAUUAUUUUACUGCUUAAAUUUCAAAUCCUGAAGUAGAUGGUUAAGUGGAGAUAUGAUGAGUUCUUUUGAUUUACUGGAAAUGCCCUGUACAGUCGUUUUGUUUUUUGUUUUCUUUUUUUUUUUCCUAAUAGCGUGUUCAUGAUUUAUUUUUUAUUUUAUUUUAUUUUUUCCUCCUUUUUUUUUUUUUUUUUUUUCCCUUUUCCCUUUCCUUCCUGAUCACAUCCUGCAAAGAUGGUAUACUUACCUCAGGUUUGCUGGACAAAACAAAUGGUUCCCGUUUUCACAAUACCUCACACAGCCACAGUUUGGUUCCGCCCCGGGGCCCGCGCUCCGUCCGCACCGGGGAGGGGUUGCAAGCAGCCAAGGCGGGGCACUGGCUCCUUUUUGGUCUCUGGUAUCCUUCUCAUAGUGGAAAAAAUGCAUUGACUCUCCACUGGCUGGUCCAUCUUUCCCAGAACGGCGGGCACGACCUUGCCCUCACCUCCCGCCUUGACGCUCCGCGCUGGGAGCGCCUGGGGUUCAGCGAGGGUGUCACUUCUGGAGUUAAAACAUAAAGUAGCUAAUAAUGUUGGUGAAGGCAGACUCCACACAGCUUGUGUGUGGCAGAUCACACCAUUCCCAAACAAACGUGGUUGGGUGUGCCAGAGGGUCCCAGGUGGUGGGGUGGCCUCUCCGUCACGGCUCGAGCGCUGGCACCCUGUUCAUCCUGUUGGUGUGGUUUGCUCCCCUCUGUGCUGGAGCUCAGGUGUGGGCAGGACUGGUAUUUAGGGUGCCUGCCCUGCUCUUUGCCCACCUCCUGCAUGCCCUGGUCCCGUGGGAUCGCAGGGGUGAUCCCUGCAGGAUCACCCCCAAGGAAGGGGCUGAGGGUACGACCACCGAGGUCCGAUCCGGUUGUGCUGGAAGGAGCAGCACCGCUCAGCAUUCCCAGUUCCUCUCGGGGACCUGGAAGGCCUGUGCUGGCCCCAAUCCCUCACAGGGACCACCCCGUUACUGCAUGUUUGAAGUCUGGAAAACCUAGAAUUCUAGUGUUCUCAGAGUAGCUUCCAGAAUAAAAUUACUGCCUUGUGCUCUCUUCUAACAGAUGUUAAAGGGAGUGCCCUGUUAUUGCAAAUGAGGUGUGAGAGUUCCCCCACCCCCACCCCCCAAAUUGCAGAUGUCCUAAACCUUCCAAUUGAUUGAUUAAAAAAAAAAAAAAAACACAACAAAAAAAUGGUGCUGCUUAUGCCUUCCCAGGUGCCAAAGGAUUGGCACAACUGCUAAAAGCAUUUCUCUCUCAGCCUCCUGUUGAUGGUACUUUGGUGAUCUUCCCUUCCAUUCCUGUAGUGUAGGAGCACCUCAUAGUGUAUUUAUUUGUAUUUCCAACAUGCUUGUGAAAGAGAAAAAUGAUUAAUCCCAUGUCAAUGUCGAUGAUUUGUGCUUGAGUAAUCGGAUGGCUCUUCAUUACUCAGCAAACCACCUGGCCACUGGAUUUUUUCCACUAUGUUUAUUACCAUGUUCUCAUGUACCUCAGAAAUCACUCUCGGUUGCACAGUUUCUGUUCUCAAACUUUUUUGGGUUUUGUUUUUGUUUUAUUUUGCUUUUUGUUUUUUUUCUUGGUUUUUUUUUUGGUUUAAUUUUUUUUUUGCUUUAUUGAGUGUGAUGCCAUAUCAAGUCAAUGUUAUUCUCUCACAAAUGUGCUCUUUAAGAGGUGUGGAUGUUUUUAUGUGGUCAGGGGAUGCUAGAAAGUGUGGUAGUAGACAUCAGUGUAAACAAAAAGUAUUUAGAAAGUACACAAGGUUGUUUUUGAUGGAUAAGACUCUGAUACGGUGUAGUCUUGAUUACCUUUUAAAAGGUCUUUGUUCAGUGUUGUCAUUUUUAUUAAUAACCUGUUCUUUUGACUAGUUUAAAGAUGGUUCUAAGACAAGUGUUUUGGCGGGAUUAGGUAUGCUGUAUGGACAAUAAACUCACCUUGACCUACA